CGAGGGAGCCUAUAUCGAGGAUAUGCUGUGUAGUGGGUGAAUGUGGAGAAUAUGUGGGGAGCUGGAGAUGUCGACUGUGGGACGGUGCGGCAGUCAGGCAGAUAUAAAUUUUCGGGCUGUUACAUGUUUGUUGGGUGCCUCUGAAGCCAGUCCAGAUGUUGUGCAGCUGCUGAGGGGCCACAUAUUGUUUCAGGAUCUGGGAAGCACAGGGCUGCACUUUAUUCCACCAGCGGUCCUGCGUCUCCAGUACUUGGAGGAGCUGCACCUGGAGGGCAACCAGAUCGAGGAGAUCCCACCUGAGAUUGGUUCGCUGCAAAAACUCCGGGUUUUGUACCUGAACAACAACAAACUGAGCAGCAUCUGUGAUCAGCUUGUGGACUGCCAGAACCUCCAGAGUUUGGAUUUGAGUGACAAUCCGCUGGAUUGUGGAAUCCCCACACAGACCCUGUGCCGUCUCCAGGCGCUGAGGGAACUACGCCUGUCCAAUCUGAAUUUAGUGCAGCUCCCAGCCCAGAUCUGUAAGAAGCUGCAUCAUCUUCAGUUGCUGGGAUUAUCAGGGAACAAUCUGACAACUUUACCCUGUGAAAUCAGGAACCUGACCCAACUGCAACAACUCCACUUGAAGAACAACAAAUUGCACGGUUUGCCACCAGGAUUUUGCCAACUGCCAAAGCUGGAAGUUUUGAAUUUGAGGCAGAAUUUAUUGAAUUGUCUUCCUGAUGAUAUUGGUUCUCUAAAAAACUUGAAGCAUUUAUACUUGAGCCAUAACCAGCUCACAACCAUCCCUGAAUCCCUUGGCAAAUGUUGCAGUAUGUGUGCAUUGGAUAUAAGUGGAAAUAGACUGCAUUCCAACCUCAAAGCAUUCCCAGCCAGUCUGACUGAACUGGCUGUCUCUGAAAAUCAGCUCCACAUAUUCCCAACAGCUAUCUGCAACUUGGCUGACAGCUUACAGCUCCUCUAUCUAAAAAACACACAGUUAAAGAAAUUAAGCUGCUGCUUCUCCAAUUUGACAGAAAUUCGCCUGUUGGAUCUCAGUCAAAAUCCUCUUAGGUACUUUCCAAAGCAAAUCUGUGACCUGGCUCAAAUGGAGAUGCUCUCACUGGAUGACAGUAAACUGAAAGAGGUGGCUCCAGAAAUAAAGAACUUAACUAAGCUAAAGAUUCUCGGUCUGACUGGAAACAGGUUCCGGGCCUUUCCACAGGAGAUUUGCUUCAUUGAUUCUCUAGAGAAAUUGUACUUGGGACAAGAUCAUGGGAUGAAAUUAACCCAUGUACCAGAGGAGAUCUCCCAACUUGUGAACCUGAAGGAAUUGUAUAUUGAAAACAAUGAGAUUGAGUUUUUGCCAUCAACAAUUGGGUUGCUACAGAACCUGACCGUGCUUGACUGUCAUGAAAACCGUCUGCUGAAGAUUCCCGACUCAAUAUCAGAUAUUCACGGAUUACAGAAACUUCUACUGAACUGUAAUCGAAUAUCUCUUCUCCCAGAAAACUUGGAUCAUUUGCAAAAUCUGGAAAUUCUAUCCCUGGAGAGAAACCCAUUGGAGAAGCCAUUAGAUGAAAUAUGCCUUCAGGGAGUUUCUGCCAUAUUCCAAUACCUACAGACAAAGAAGAUCCAAAAGCUCAAUGCAACAAAGAUCCAGGCUUGGUGGCGUGGCUUAAUGGUGCGGAAGGAACUGGGUCCUUUCCAAAAUUUGUUUCCAAAGAAAGACAAGAAAGGGAAAAAGGACAAGAAAAAUAUAAACAAAGGAAAGAAAAAGUAAUAAACAUUAGAAACUGUGAAAUCAAAUCACAUAAAAUAGUGGAGCUUCUGAUGUUAGGCCUCUAGUUUAUGGACUUGGAAGGAAAAAAAAACUACUGAUGCGGCACAAGUCUGUAGUUGCUGGGUGUUAUCCUGCUGCUUUCUGAUAAAGUACUCGCUAUCUCUUACUUGUGGGCUAAUUCUGGCAACGCAAGUAGCGACAAGGAAAACUUGGAAUAUUUGGCUAAGUGGACUGAGUUUCAAUGGGAGACAAGAGAAAAGCAUUAGUAAAAUGGUCUGCUCCCCCGUUAAGACAUAGUAAAUUUGGGUUUGGUUAGCAAACCAAUCACAGCAUCUCAUCAAUUAACUUUUUAUUGAAGUAAGAGGAAAAAAAAUAAAGUUUUUGCAGUGCAUACAAUGUAGACGGGGCAAAAAAUACUUCUGUGCAGAAGUUGUUAAUAAUGUCAUCAAACUGCACGGACUUGCCAAUAUCUUGCUCAGAUGCCCAGUCUGAGUUUUAUCAGAACCACUCAGCUCCAUCAAGGCAGCAUAUGACAGCAGGGUUCCUCAGGGAGGUGUAGGGCCCAUCAUCAGUUGUAUCAGUGACCUUUAUUCGACCACAACAUCAGGAUAUUUGUUUGGUGAUGAUUGCGCAACAUUUGUAACACCUCAGAAACUAUAGCCCAUGCCUGCAUGCAGUAAGACCUUCACGCUUUCUUUUUCACACAGAAAGUAAUGAAUGUUUGAAAUUCACUAUCCAAGAGAGCUGUAGAGGAUCAUUUGUUGAGUAUAAUUUAAGACAGACAUCAAUAAUUUUUUUAAACAUUAAGAGAAUCAAGGGAAACAGAUUUGGCCUAGGAAGGUAGCACUGAGGUAAAAGAUCAGCCAUGACCUUGGUCGCUGGCACUGUAAUAGCAUUACUGCUACACUACCGUGCCUGCCCCACAGGUGCCAGGCAAUGAACAACUCAGAUGCACUGACAGAAAGAUAGCUUGAGGACAGGACUGUUGUUAUUGUUGGGAAUUUGGAUCUUCCAAACUGUCUGACUAUACAGAAAAGCAAAUUAGUAUGAAAGGUUUUAAUGUGCAAAAAUAACAGGAUUAACAGUGGGGUAUUUCAAUUCACGUUAUUAAAAAAAAACAAGAAGGGUGUAGAUUUAAGGUGAGAGGAAGGAGAGAAAGGGAAUUGGAGGAGUAAGGUCCACCCCAACACCAGAGUGAUUGAUAUCCGAAAUGCACUUCGGGAGGAGUUGGUGUAAUCAGAUGCAAUGUCUAAGAGGCAAUUAGACAGGCACUUAAAUCAGCAAGGAUACAGACCCAGUGUCGAUGGGCUAAAAAGUUGACAUGGACAUGCUGGGCCAAAGUGCGCACUGCUGCUGUACAACUCUGACUAAUAUUAACUGGGAUACAGAGGCCACAGAUUUCUUAAAUUGCAAUCUGGAGAAUUUAUUUAAAGCAAUUAUUCAACUAGAUGGGAUGAGAGUGGGAUUCCAUUCUGGAUUUAGUUUCAGGGAAUCAAGGUAAGCAGGUGGAAAGUCUUAUUGGAAAAUUUUUAUGGCAUUAAUCAUAAUUCACCAAAAAUAAAUAAAUGAACCAAAACCAUUGAGCUAUAUUACUAGAGCAAGCAUUUUGAAUGCCAAUGAUAUGCAGGCAUCUUGACAAGUAUGGUAGGGUAGCCCUGCAUACUCUCCAGCUUCAAAGACUGUUUCAGAAUGGCCACAUCAAGUUCUCCCACCCCUUCCAAACCUUAUUUUCUCCAGUAUCUGCAUCCUAUACAAUUAUUCUUUAAUGGAGCGUGAUAGUGCCACUUAAUUUACCCACAGCCUCGUCAACUGAGUGUACAGAUGAAUUUUGGAGGAAUGGAAGGAUGUAUUGAACCAGAAUCAGUAUUAGGACUGAAUGGUGUGGAAGGUUACCUAAAGUUGAAUUACUUUAACCAUGACUGGGUCAAUUUUU